CACACUUAAACUGCGUUCUCACUCCGCUCUGGUUCGGGAACGACCAACGCGAGAAGACUCGCGCUUUCCCAACUUCAACCAGCGUCCGCAGCCAGAUGCGCCACAUUCCAGCUCUGCGCCUGCUCGCGCUCGGACCUUCCUCUUGGAUGGGACAACAGUGAACUCGUGUCCCUCACUUGUACUGGGAGCUUUCUUUAAAAAAACAAAAAAAACAAAGAAAAAGGACGCAUAUCGAGCAGCGCUGAUGUGAGGCGAGGAGACAUGUCUUCCGCUCAAGGACUUCUCAACAGCGUCUUCUCCUGCUCCUCUCCUGCCUCCAAAGCCAUAACCAAGCGGAGGUUGCGCCAAACGCGCAGCCUGGACCCCGCUAUCAUACGGUUCUGUGACGCCGGGACCGAUGGCGCGCAGUUUUCCGCGGCGGCUCCGGACGCAGGUGCGCUGGACGCGAAACCAACUUUACGCACCAAAAUCCCGACCCUCAAGGAGCCCAUAACCCCGUCCCUCUCCUCUCCUUCCAUCCCUCUGGACGUUUCGCCCUCCUCCAACUUCCACUUUGACUACGACAUCGUGAAGCGUGCCAAGAGGAGUACCGCCGGGGAUUUACCGUUUCUGGCGCGGGGACCCGGAGCGGCGACGCCGUCUGGCAGCACCGGCACCCUGUUCUCUCCGCGGAGGUGGCUUCAGAGGAAAGCGCAGCCGUCCAGCUCUCACGCGUACGUCUUGUGGAAAUCAGAGGGUGACCUCACCUGGAGCAGCCAGUCGGGGCGGAGCGUGCGCCUGGCGCCGGUCGCCAUCCAGAGCCUGUCGGAGCUGGAGAGGGCCAGGCUGCAGGAAGUAGCCUACACCCGGCUGCACCAGGACUACGACCUGGGAUGUCAGAUCACCAUGCCGAAAGAUGGACAGAAGAGGAAAAAGUCGCUGAGGAGGAAGUUGGACUCGCUCUCAAAAGAGAAGAGCAAAGACAAAGAAUGCAUACCCCAAGCCUUCAGCAUAGUGCUACCCCAGGUCAUCGCCAACGACAGAACACACAGGCAGCGUCAGGACAGCUACCGCCAAGACCCGCCGCAACGCGAGGACCACAAGGACUCGUCCGACCUCGUUUCGUCCAUUUUACAGUUUGCCACCAAGCGGCCGUCCAACAAGGAGCUGUCCAGCAGUAACUCCUCUCUGAGUUCCACAUCGGAGACCGCCAACGAGUCGACGUCGCCCAACACGCCAGAGGCCGCGCCCCGAGCACGCAGGAGGGGAGCCAUGUCGGUGGACUCCAUCACGGACCUGGACGACAACCAGUCGCGCCUGCUCGAGGCCCUGCAGCUCUCCCUGCCGGCCGAAACGCCCAACAAAAAGGAGAAGCACCGGGACAAGCGGCUGAGCCUCAACCCCAUCUACCGCCAGGUGCCCCGAGUGGUCGACAGCUGCUGUCAGCAUAUCGAGAAAUAUGGUUUGCAGACUGUGGGGAUCUUUCGAGUGGGAAGCUCCAAGAAGAGAGUCCGACAGCUUCGUGAGGAGUUUGACCGCGGCAUCGACGUCCAGCUGGACGAGGACUACAGCGUGCACGACGUGGCAGCUCUGCUGAAGGAGUUCCUCAGGGACAUGCCUGACCCGCUGCUCACCAGGGAGCUCUACACAGCCUUCAUCAACACCACAUUGUUCCGUGAUCCGGACGAGCAGCAAGCUGUCACUCAGCUGCUGGUCUACCUGCUCCCAGCAUGCAACAGCGACACACUCCACCGCCUCCUGGAGUUUCUGUCCACUGUUGCUGACCACGCCCACGACCAGCAGGACAAGGAGAGACAGGAGGUCACGGGGAACAAGAUGACGUCUCUGAACCUGGCCACCAUCUUUGGCCCCAACCUGCUGCACAAGCAGAAGAGCUCGGACAAGGAGUUCAGCGUCCAGAGCUCGGCCAGGGCCGAGGAGAGCACGGCCGUCAUCGCCGUGCUGCAGAGGAUGAUCGCCAGCUACCAAACACUCUUCGUGGUGCCUCCUGAUCUCCAGAACGAGGUUUUGAUGAACCUGUUGGAGACCGAUCCAGACGUGGUCGACUACCUUCUGAGAAGAAAAGCCUCACAGAGUCCCGACCUGUUGCCGCCAGAGGAGCCCUUCUCCCUCGGCGAGCGACGCUCCUCCAGCGACUCCAACAAGGUGUCCAGUGGCGAGGUGUCGCCCUACGACAACAACUCCCCGGUCCUGAGCGAGCGGAGGGGCGGGGAACCGGGGAGCCCUGGCGGCGAGCCGCUCUUCUGCGUCCCGGAGCAGUACGCCCUGGUGGGGCAGGUGGCCGGCUGGAGCAGGGAGUCCGGGGCCGACACAUGGGGAAGCAAAGACGCUAUAUCAGAAGAGCACGCUAACAUUUGGGGGACGUGGCACACAACACUUAAACCAACACACAAGGACCACGGAUACACAGGUUCUCAUGGCAACAUGUCAGAGGGAAGCUCCCGCAGCUCGCAGGAAGGUCUUGACGGACUCCAUGGCGACGGGCAGCAGCAGCAAUGCUGCGACGAACAGAGACAGCGCCUGGCGUGGGCGAAGUGCCGGACCCCACCCCGCCGGUGGCCAGAUCGUGCACCGCCCCUCACGUGGGAGCCGGGACCGCUGCACGCGGCCUCGAAGCUGACCUCCGUGCCAUGCCGCACCUCCAAAAGCCGCAGAGGCUCCACCGAGGCGAGCGGACACGUGCCACUCAAGCCGCCCGCCAGGCUACAAAGUCGGGGGGAACGCCGGGGGGAACGCCGGGGCAACGACAGCCGCUCGCCGCCCCUUACGCGGCCCGCCGCCGCGUGGCCAGUUCGCACAGUUCACCUCAGCCGGCCCAGCGGCUCCCUCCGCAGCACGCCGGGCCUCGGGCCUCGGCAGCGGAGAGCCAAAUGGCGUCCCAGGGCCCGGAGUGGCAGGACUGGCAGAGGGACCGGUGGCAGAUCUGGCAGCUGCUGUCCUCGGAGAGUGCCGACGCGCUGCCAGAGACGCUGGUGUGACCUCAGACUGGCGGAGUUGAUCGCAGCGGAGAUUCUCACGGCGUGACCCCUCCCCGCCCCCCUCAUUUCAUCCUUUCCCCGUCAAGCCUCCGUGCUUCGCCCCGCACCCCCGGCGCCGUGCGGUUGUCGUUUACGUGUGCAGCUGCUGCCUUAUACGGACUUUUACAUCCAAGAGCCACUAGUAUUUCUUGUUUUAAAAUGGAUGUUGCCUGUUUCCUCUUUUCCCGUUAUGUUACGAUUUGAUGGCCGCCAGAUAUACCUCAAAAGAACUCUCUGUUCCCAACGCCUCAGAAUGUCACCACGCCCUUAUUUUCUAUUCACAGUGACUUCAGUCUUCAUAUCUCCAUGGAGAAGCAUUUGUUUCUUUAGUUUGUUAUAUUUUCCAUUUAUAAUCUUUUACUCUUUUUUUCAUCGACACUAACACGUACCCAUUAGUAAGCGCUGCUAAGUGUAGAAUGUCUGUGUGUCUGGUGUCGCAGUUCAGCCGCUCACGUCCAAAAGAUCAAACGUUGGAUUACUGUCGCGCCAGAUAGCGGUUGAUAUAUGAUAUGAUAUAUGUAUACACAAACAUACGGAACACGCAUACACACAUGUAUGUAAAUUGCCAAUCUGCCAAAAGUAAAUUAACUGACAAUCAAAAUGUUGGAGUUUUCCAGACGGCUGAAUUGUAUUUUGUAAUAUUGAAUGUAGAAUAUUUCACUUUGGGCAGAAAUAUUUCAACGUAAAUUAUAAAGUACUUGCCUGUAAGUUUGUUUAAAUGUGCUUUUGCCACGAGCUGCACUGCAGGUCCACUGUGCCAAAAUUGUGCCAAAGUCUCUUAUUUUCAGGAUAUUGAUCAUACAGUUGUCAUUUCAUCCAAUUGUUCAUUUUGUGGAAAAAAAAAAAAACCUUCAGUGGAAGAGCCACAAAGGCUCAUUUACAACAUUAUUAUACUAUGAAUUAAAAGCCCUACUGGUUAUUGUUUACUACAAUGUCAUGUAUACAGAGGAACCAAUCUUAGGUAAUAUGCCAAAUAGUCAUUUUAAAUAAAUCCUUUCUGAAAGGCCAGAAUUUAGAGAAUCUGAUAAACUGUCAGGUGUCUAAAAGCAUCUUCUAUCGAGUAAUACAGUGUUUUAUCGACAAUUGUACAGAAAAACUCCAUCCAUUUGGUUUCCACAGAUUCAGAAUUAUUUGAAGGUAUUAUUUGACAUACAUCUGGUCACAAACUACAUUUACCAAAAUCAGCAUGAAUAGUGCUGUGAAUUUCCACAAAAAAUAUUUUUCAAAGAUAUAAAAAACAGCUUUACUAUUACAGAUUUGGGUUAAGAAGCAGUAGCUACGAUGUCAACUGUCGACUGAUCAGUCUGUGCUCUCGUGCUGGACUGAAUGUCUUAGCCUCUCUCAAAAAAAUUCCAAAAGAUUUAAUGACUCUGCAGAGGUCCAACUGGGUUGCCAAUAAAAAAAAGACAAAGUUUGCUACAUUUCUUUUCCCCACUUCAAUUCCAGUAUUGUUGCUAAAUCAAAACACACACACACACCCACAACCGACCAGUCCAAAUCCUCAAAUGUCAGUCAAGUGGGUAUUUGCUGGACAAAUAGUUCACGUUUUCUCAAGCUAUGGUGUAAUAUCUGCAGCCACGUCAGCAUUGUGUGGAACCCGAUGUCUUCUUUGUCUUCGUAAUGCGGUAAAGCAGUGGAAGGACCCCGGCAAGGCUUUCGGCGCCACCUAGUGUCAGACCACCGUCCAUCACCGUUUCCAUGGGACCCCUCUGAUUAAAAGCACCUUCUGUAAAGCUAGGCGGGGGGAAAUAAACUUGCUGCAGGUCUCGCUCUUAAAAAUGGUCUCUACGUGCAUUGCUCAAGGUUCAUAUUUUUUGUGAAUUUGUUUGUAUUACUUACUGUUUUCGGUUGUGUGUUGUAAUAUAUAACUUCAGUGUAACAAUUUUUAUUCAAGGAGUAAAAAAGAAAUAAUCCCAAAUGUGCUAGCUUUGUCUUGACCUUGACCAUGAAACUUAGAGAAAUGUUGUUUUAUUGUGGAUAUUUUCUGUGGUAUUUACUGGGUCCAAGUUGUAAUGGAAUGUCUGGUAAUUGCUUUUGUACCGCGUAUCACCUUGCUACAAUGAAAUUAAAUAUGCUAAAGUUUA